GCAUUAUUAUAAAAAGUCUCUCUUUUUAAGUGUGUCCUUUUUUUUUUUUACAUAUAUAAAAUACAAUAAAACGAAAAUGUCUGAAUCAAUUGAUGCUCUCGUUCAGAAAUGGUUAUCUACUGACAAGGUAAUAGAAUGAAAUACCCUUUUCCAAUCGCAUUCUUAUACACUUGUUCAAAUUUCAUUAUCAACAUUAUAGAAUGAAGAAACUCGCAAUGAAAUAAUUGAGCUUCAAAAAGCAAACAAUAUUGUAGAGCUUGAAAAGCGUCUUGCAACUCGUAUUGAAUUUGGAACUGCAGGUUUACGUGCUAGAAUGGAAGCUGGUUUCAGUAGAAUGAACGAUUUAACAGUUCUUCAAGCAUCUCAAGGUCUUGCCGUUUAUAUUGAAAAGGAGGUCAAAGAAGCUAAAACGAGAGGUAUUGUCAUUGGCCAUGAUCAUCGUCAUCAUUCUUGGGAUUUUGCUCGUUUAACUGCUGCAGCUUUUAUUCAACGUGGAUUCAAAGUUUGGUUUUAUAAAGAAUUAGUUCAUACUCCUUUAGUGCCAUACACCAUUAAGAAGUUAAACGCUGCCGGCGGUGUUAUGAUUACUGCUUCACAUAACCCUAAAGACGAUAAUGGAUAUAAAGUAUAUUGGGAAAAUGCUUGCCAAAUUAUCCCUCCUCAUGAUGAAGGAAUUGCUUCCAGUAUUUUAGAUAAUUUAGAGCCUUGGGGUUGGGAUUACGAUUUAGUUUCGAAGAGUGAUCUUGUGAGUGAUCCUACAGAUCAAGGUGUAAUUGAUGCUUAUUUUAAGGAAGUAGAAGCACUUUGUCAAAAUAAGGAAGACAAUGAAGCAACAAAUGUUAAAUUUGUUUAUACUGCUAUGCAUGGUGUCGGUGCACCUUUUGCUAAACGUGCAUUUGAAUCGUUUGGAUUACCUGCAUUUACACCUGUAGAAGCACAAAUUUUGCCUGAUCCUGAUUUCCCUACUGUUGCUUUCCCUAAUCCAGAAGAAGGUAAAGGUGCUUUGACAUUAGCUAUACAAACAGCAGAACAAGUAGGCGGCAGUAUUAUUUUAGCUAAUGAUCCUGAUGCUGAUCGUUUAGCGAUUGCUGAGAAACAAUCAGAUGGCCAAUGGAUUAUUUUUAGCGGCAAUCAGAUUGGCUCUAUUUUAGGUGCUGCCUCUUUUGAGAAAGCAAUUGCAUCUGGAUAUAAACCAGAACAAUUGGCUAUGGUAGCUAGUACUGUCUCAUCGAAAUUUUUAGCACGUAUGGCUGAAGUGGAAGGAUUUACGUUUGUAGAAUCAUUAACUGGUUUUAAAUGGAUUGGCAAUACAGCCAUAAACCUUGAAAGUCAAGGAUUAAAUGUAAUCUUCUCUUAUGAAGAAGCUAUUGGUUUUACUAUUGGUAAUAUUGUAAAAGAUAAAGAUGGUGUUAGUGCUUUGGCUUUCUUUUCUGAAUGGGCUGUUCAACUUUAUAAGCGUGGUAUUACUGCUUAUCAAUAUCUCGAAGAAUUAUAUAAAAAAUAUGGUUAUUUUGUAAGUGAAAAUUCAUACUUUAUCUGUGAUGAUAAAAAGAAGAUCUCUACAAUCUUUGACCGUAUUCGAUUUGGUGAUGAGAAAGAGCAAGAUGCUAUGUCAAAGUAUGGUCAUAAGUUGCAUUAUCCUGAAACUAUUGGUGGUCAUAAAGUUAUUGGCGUAAGAGAUUUAACUAUCGGUUACGAUUCAGCUACUAAAGAUAAUGAACCUACGCUUCCUGUCUCUUCUUCUUCUGAAAUGAUUACAUUCCGUUUAAAUAAUAAUACUGUAUUCACUAUUCGUACUAGUGGCACUGAACCUAAAAUUAAGUACUAUUCUGAAUUACGUGGUGAAAGUGAAGAACAAGCUAGAAAAGAUCUUCAUCAUGUUGUUGAAGCCAUUGGUGAUGAAUUAAUGGAAUAUAAGAAAAAUGGCCUUGCAAUGAAGAAAGAAGAUUAAAAAAAAAAGAGGGUGGUGAAGAAGUAGAAUGUGUCUGAGUUUCAAUUAUUUGUUUUUUUUUUGUAUCCUUUUUUUUCCAUAUUUAUGUCUUAAUUAUAAUGUAGAUGUUGCCCAU